AUGCCACCAAAGGGAAAAAAGGCGCCAUCUAAGGCUCCUAUUCCGGCCUUCAAGGAGGAGGAAUCUCCUUUAACAGCCGUGAUUAUUGCUGAGGAUAUAGCAGAGAGGUUUGAACCCAUUACUCAGUGGAUACCACAUUCGUUAUUGCCCCUUGCAACUGUCCCUCUUCUUCACAUUUCUAUCUCCUGUUUGAUCAGAGAUGGUUUUCGAAAUAUCCUGAUUUAUGCUUGUCGUGACGCCCACAAGAUACAAAAAUUUGUCGACGCAAGCAAUUAUGUCAAACGAUUUCCACUUUUAAAAAUAGUCGUUUUCAGUGGCAAUGGUAGUCGAUGUUUGGGUGAAGCCAUGCGUGAUAUUGAAAGCAAUCAGCUGCUUCGAGGGGUUGAAGAAUUUGUUUGCCUUCCCGCUGAUCUCGUUUCUGAUGUUUCGUUGGUGGAACUUCUUGAGGAUUUUAAGGAACGUCGUAAGAAAUCCAGUUCAUUGGUUAUUGAUCUCAUCUACGCCAACCUCCCUCCCUUCUCCUCUACUGAAGAUGUACGAUACACUGUUGUUUACACGAAUCCUGAUAAAAAAGUAAUACAAGUGUCACGACACAACCGUGAUAUGCCCACAAUUUUCGCCACUGACGCUGUUUUUGCUGCAGCAAAGAUGAAAAACGUCGUCUCCAUCAGAUCUAAUUUACUUGAUACGCAUGUUCUCGUUUGCAGUUCUCACAUUCCUCCUCUCUUUCAGGAUAACUUUGAUUAUGAUUCCAUUGAUGAUCUCGUCAAUGGGAUUAUAACCAAUGAGGAAAUCAUGGGGUAUAUCGUAAACAUCCAAUUUGCCCCCUCCUCUGAAAUAAUCAUUCCUGUUGCACCAUGUCUCAGCUACCUCCUACGUGUGACACCUCACUUUCUUACACGUUUGGGUAGCACCCGAGUGCACCCGCCGAAUUACCUCGUCAUGGAUCCUUUCUCGCGACUACUAGAAGGUGUAGAGUGCACAGCAUCGACUACGAACCCUCUGGCCAUUGCACCAACAUGCUUUGUUUCAGGUAGUGCAAAAAUUGACCCUAAAGUGAGCCUGAUUGGAGCUUGCUUUGUCGGGGAGGGCUGUCGUCUGGAGCACGGUGCUGUGCUCACUGAUACUGUUCUGGGUGACAACUGCACAGUGGGGAAGAAUUCGCAUCUCAAUGGAGUAAUAGCUCUUUCCGACGUCCAUAUCGGCGAUUCCGUCAACAUAACACAGUCUUGGUUGUGUUCUGGAGCCUGCAUUCACAACAGAGUUCGUCUGGGCCCUCGUUGUUUUGUUGGCGUGCCAAGGGAGGGAGCGAAAAAGGAGAACAGCGAGCAUCCUGGACGCUUGUGCAUCAUAGCAGAACCUGAAAUUAAUCUUCCUCCUGAGAGUAUCAUUGUCGCGUCUGAGGAGGGUGAAGAACGCGAUUGGACAAUUGUUCAACGUGUAGAAGUUUCUCGGUCUACUUCCUCACUCAUGGAUGAGGAAGGGGAUGAAGGUGUUGCGGACUCGGAUACAGGAAGCGUGGGCUACAAGGACUUGGUGCUUUGGCGAGCCAACUGGGGACAGACGUCAGGUUCCUCACAUCCUGAUGACAGCGAAAAUAGUUUCUCACGUCAGCGUAACAUUGGUUUAUUCAAUGCUGAUGCGGAUAAUGAGGCUGGUGCUGGAGGCGCUAGUGCUAAUUACGACGUUUUUGGGGCUCGUGGUGGCGAAUCAGAUGACACUGACGACGAUUUUCUCAUCCAGGAGUUGCAGAAGACUCUCAGUCAUAGCUUGAAGGCCAAUCAGCCAUCCGAUGUAGUGAUGUUGGAGGUGAAUUCUCUCAAACAUGCCUACAACAUUUCCUUGGAGGAUUUGGCUUUCUUGUUUAUAAAGGCUCUCCUUGCCUUGGCAUCAAUGUCGACACAAGGCAGUGAUCCUCCUGCUUUUGCACUCACUUUCAAAAAAAUUCUUGCUCACUUCGUUCCGGUACUUAAAAGGUACAUUUCCAGUUCAACUGGGUGUGCUUCUUACUGUCUCCAAGCUAUUGAGGACCAGGCCUGCUACCAAUCCGUCAUAAUGGAAGCCUCAAGAUGGCUGCUUCACUGUCUGUACGACGUCGACUUGGUGUCGGAGGAGGUGAUUAGGGAGUGGCUAGUAUCAUCCCCUCUUCUACUAGACGAUGAAAUGGCUUCUAGCUGUCGGCAGUUGAGGGAGAACAUUAAGCCCUUCAUAGAUUGGUUGGACCAGGCUGAGGAGGAAGAUGACGAAGAUUAG